ACAGAAAAUAAGUACACAUUGGAGUACUUCUGAUGGACUUCUACAGAAAAUAAGUACACAUUGGAGUACUUCUGGAUGGCAACAUACAGAUUUAUUCCGAUGCUCAUUAUUUUCCGUUUCACGUCAAAAUAAUAAGAUGGAAUAACUAUAAAGACCUUGACCUGACGUUCAACUGCAACUCGUCAGGGCACUAACAUUGAACCGGUAAUUUAAUAACAUUUCCUGCUGAAGGAGUUGCAUUUUAAUCAGUUUCCUUAGAUGCCUUAAAUAGCUUUGGAGAUCAUAGAAAACAAGUCGUGUUGUUUCUCACAUUCAGGCGUAGCUGGUGUACAAGAUCAAGAAAAGUCAUAGCAGAUUCGAAAGUGUGGGGCUUCCAGGACAUUAUGAGUAAGGAAAUUAACGAUCAAAAAUGCUACCCGUUUCACAUGGACUACCUUCCAGAAAUUUGCUACCAAAAGGCUCUGGAAGAGCUCAACGAAACACCAGAAACAAGAGUAGAAGAGCUGACUAAACUUAAAGGUUUACUAUCAGCUGAUAAAUUCACGGCUGGCAUCGAGUUCGAGGAGGAUUUCUUGCAACUGUUUUUAAGGUAUAGAAAAUACAAUUCUUCGCAGGCGUUUCAGGCUGUGCGGAAAUUCGUCCACUUCCGAAGAAAUUUCAGCAGCAUUUUCCAGAGCAUCCCAAACGCGUAUUUCAAAGAGAACCCUUCCACGAAGUUUAUUUCUGUACUUCCCAACAGGUGUCCAGACGGAUGUGCAGUUGUUCUCGUUGAACUUGGCAAGUGGAACCAUAAUGAACUUUCGAUCGAGCACAUUAAAACAAUGGGCAUGUUUUCCCUUCUCCUACCACUUCGAUGCCCAAUGACACAAAUCUGUGGGUUUAAGGUGAUCUACGAUUUUACGGACACAAUCAAGCAUUUUAGAUACUGCACUCCACAAAAUAUUAGUCUGAUUUACAAUGCUGGUUUUAACUGCGUUCCUGGCCGUUACAAAGAAACGCAUUGCAUUAACGAAUCUGCACUUCAGAUGGCUGUAUGGGCUGUAUUGAAACAUUUCCUUUCAGCAAAGAUCAGAAAAAGAGUAUUCUUCCAUUCCAAACCUGAGGAUCUGCUGAAUUACUUUCCCAAGUCCAUAAUUCCAACUCAAUACGGAGGAAGCCUGGAAAAUUACCACGAUUCAGAACUGAUGAAUAAGCUGAACGAGGAAGUUGAUAAUUAUCCCGAGAAAGGAUUGCCAAACUAUUUUUAAUUUUCUACGUUUUGCUUAGUAGAACCAAUUUGGAAUAAGAAAACUUUUGCUUAUAAUAUUUAUUAAUAAAACUUUUGCAUAUAAUAUUUAUAAAAACGUAUUCACUGUACAAGUUUCUAUGAGGUACAAUACGUUUAAAUUUUUUUAAACAUUAAGAAGUAAUUUUUAGAAUUGCAUAUUACAGUUCUGGUAUUAUUAAACCCUUUUUAUCUUU